AUGUUUAGGAGGUUGAUACGACAUGGCUUACUAUCUCUUAACACCAUAAAUGGCUCAACCCAUCUUCAAUUGCGGUGUUUGUCGAGAUACUCGUCGAAAGUUGGCCCAUCGCAAAAACAACUGCUCAAAACUAAACAAAAGAUACGAAAGCAAGCCAAGGAGGAGGCGGUAGACGUGGUGUCCAAAUCCAAAAGGGGACUUGUUUUUGAACUGGGUAAGUUUUCGCAAUUGCAUAACGAUUUAAAAACGCUGAUUGAUACAGCUGAAUCGAAAAUUGACACCUUUGAUCAAUUGAAAAUCUUCCCAUCAGUACGACAAGCAAUGAUUAAGGAAAUCAAAUCCCAAUACAAUCUCAAAGGUCCUCAGUAUAGUUCGCUCGAUGAAAUCAAAAUCAAGCCUACGCCGGUACAAAUUUCCGCUAUUCGUAAAAUCAACCAAACGCGGAAAUCUAAUCGAGACUUGGAGGCAAUGGAUGAAGGUGAACGUAUAUUUUAUGAGUUGAAACACGAGAAUGAAUUGAAAAAGACAAAGAUCUUCACUGUUGCUGCUGAAACUGGCUCGGGAAAGACGUGGAGUUAUUUAAGUCCUCUCUUGUCUAAACUAAAGGAGGACGAUUUCAAUUGGUUUAACGAUAAUCAAAAAAAGUAUGAGUUGUUUAAGAAGUCAGAACAAGUUAGGUCAAUUAUAUUAGUACCAACGCAUGAGUUAGUUGAACAGGUUUAUGACGUUUUAAACCGAGCUAAUAAAUACACCUUGGACCAUGAGAAUGUACCACGCCAAUAUAAGGCGUUUCUCGAUUUACCAGAAAACUCGACUUUGGGAUUAUCUAUUAUGAAGUUGUCGCAUGGCGAUCCGCCAAUUUCACUUUAUAAGCAAUUGCGUAAUUUUGGCAAAGUUGAUGUCCUUGUGACCACACCAGCUAAAGUAACGGGGUUUUCCAAAUUGGAAGCCAUUGAUCGUCCAUUCAAGAUUUUCAAAAGUGUAAGGUACUGUGUAUUGGAUGAAGCUGAUACGUUGUUUGAUCCGUCGUUUUUAAAAGAUACCACUGCCGUGGUGAAGAGCUUUCCCCAGUUGCUUGAUUUGAUUUUAGUUUCAGCUACUAUACCAAAAGAGUUUGAGAGGACUUUGGCGAGAUAUUUCCCUGAUGAAAAGUCGAUGAUACGGGUGUCUACGCCUUCAUUGCAUAAAGUGCCAAGAAAUAUCAAAGUUAUGACGUUAGAUGCUGACUUGCCACCGUAUAACGGAUCAAAACCCAGGUGUUUAGCUCAGGCAAUCUAUGCCGUAUCAAGGGACGGUACUGAGCCUGAUCAUGUGAAGCGUAUAAUUGUUUUUGUCAAUGAGAAAUCCGAAGUUGAAGGAUUAGUUGAUUUGAUGAUUUCCAAAUAUGGAAUUCGACAACAAGACAUUUUUGGCAUAUCAGGUAAAGUUAAAGUGCAAGACCGCAAGGAAUUUCUUGAACCAUUUUUGGCCCCAGCACAAUUGAUUAAGCAAGAUGUUGACGGUAGCAAAGUGAAGAUAUUGGUGACGACCGAUUUAUUAGCUCGAGGAUUGAAUUUCAUUGGCAUCAAGAAUGUCAUAUUGAUGGGAUUACCUCGUAGCUCAGUUGAUCUUGUACAUAGACUAGGAAGAACAGGGAGGAUGAAUCAACUGGGUCGAGUGUUUAUUAUUGCUGAUAAGAAGUCGAAGAAAUCCUGGGUAAAAGGGUUGGGAAAUGCCAUAAUUAGAGGUGUCAAGAUUGGUUGA